UGACAACGGUGACGCCGGCCGGGACGCCGGGACCGCGGCAAUGGUGAAGGAGACGCAGUUCUACGACGUCUUGGGCGUGAAGCCGAGCGCGGCGCCCGACGAGAUCCGCAGGGCCUACCGGAGGCUGGCGCUGCGAUACCACCCUGACAAGAACCCAAGCGAGGGCGACCGGUUUAAACUCAUAUCCCAGGCCUAUGAAGUGCUUUCAGAUCCAAAGAAAAGGGAGAUUUAUGACCAGGGCGGGGAACAGGCAAUUAAAGAAGGAGGCUCUGGCAGCCCCAGCUUCUCCUCACCCAUGGACAUCUUUGACAUGUUCUUUGGUGGUGGAGGACGGAUGGCGAGAGAGAGAAGAGGCAAGAAUGUUGUGCAUCAGUUGUCUGUAACUCUAGAAGACUUGUACAGUGGUGUCACCAAGAAACUGGCCCUCCAGAAAAAUAUUAUUUGUGAGAAAUGUGAAGGUGUCGGGGGGAAGAAAGACUCUGUGGAGAAAUGCCCGCUGUGCAAGGGGCGGGGGAUGCAGGUCCACAUCCAGCAGAUUGGGCCGGGCAUGGUGCAGCAGAUCCAGACUGUGUGUGUGGAGUGCAAGGGCCAGGGAGAGCGCAUCAACCCCAAGGACCGGUGUGAAAACUGCAGCGGUGCCAAGGUGAUCCGGGAGAAGAAGAUCAUCGAGGUACAUGUGGAGAAAGGUAUGAAAGAUGGGCAAAAGAUACUAUUUCAUGGCGAAGGAGACCAGGAGCCCGAGCUGGAGCCUGGCGAUGUCAUAAUUGUGCUUGAUCAGAAGGAUCAUAGUGUCUUUCAGAGACGAGGCCACGACUUGAUCAUGAAAAUGAAAAUUCAGCUUUCUGAAGCUCUUUGUGGCUUCAAGAAGACGAUAAAAACACUGGAUGAUCGAAUCCUUGUUAUCACAUCCAAAUCAGGUGAGGUGAUAAAGCACGGGGACCUUCGAUGUGUGCGCAAUGAGGGGAUGCCUAUCUACAAGGCCCCCCUGGAGAAAGGGAUGCUGGUCAUACAGUUCCUAGUGACCUUCCCUGAGGAACACUGGCUGUCCCUGGAGAAGCUGCCACAGCUGGAAGCCCUAUUACCGCCACGGCAGAAGGUGCGGGUCACAGAGGACAUGGAGCAGGCGGAGCUGCAGGAGUUCAGUGCCAGCGAGCAGGGCUGGCGCCCACAGCGGGAAGCCUAUGAGGAGGACGAGGAUGGGCCCCGUGCCGGCGUGCAGUGCCAGGCAGCGUGAUGCAGGGGCAGUGUAACGUUGGCACAAUGAAAUGGCAUACUGUAACAGCUGUGUCUGGGGUGUCCUGUGUGUGUUCAGCAUUCUCCAUGACUGAGUGUCUUGGGUUUCUUUUGCUUUUCUUUUAGUUCUGAUUUAAGUUAAGCUUGGUUCACAUUUAAAUGUUUUACGUGUAAAUCACCUCAGUCUGCCCAUGGAAUCUGUUUGUCCACAUCUUCAGGACAGUCCCAGGGAUGCUGGUGACCACACUGAUACUUUGUGCUUCUGGUGGCUUUGCUGUUACUCAGUUCCUGGUAGUACUCAGCCCAGAGCUGCACCCACCCCCUCGAAGGCCAGGAGGCACAGUGGGUAUCUGUGUCUGCAGGUGGCUUCUCACCCUGUGCUCUGGCAGUCCCUGAAGACCUGCACAUGGGGCUGCUGAUAGGACAUGUCUUGAGUCCAGGUUCAGAUAAGCGUCUGCACGAACACAGGCAUACACACGGAGCUUCAAGGGCCUGGUCCACGCCCUGCAGGCUAUGUGCCCUGGGUGUAGAGUCAGCCUAGUCCCUUUGUUCGGUGCCCCCAGAAGGUUGGUGUGGGGCACAAGGGUCUGCUCACCUCUCCUGGAGAUUCUCUGAAAUUCCCAAACCCUGUGGGAGGACAGACCCUCCAUUUACCUGUGACCCAGUCCGUGGUUUUCACUCUCCUCUGUUGGAACCUCUGCAACCCUGUCCCACCCAAGUGCUUACUUGAAAAUGAAACCCUCUCAUAUCCCUAUCAGCCUCAGGCAGCAGCAGAAGCUAAGGGUAGGGUGGAUGCUUGUCUGGCCCACAGAUGGUGGCUUUUCCUGCCUGGUGACCCUGGGUACUUGAAGGACUGGGAAGGCACAGAACUUCCCAGUGUUCUUUCCAUAUUCUCCAAACUGGGCUCCUUUUUGAAGGGCUGUUCCUUACUGCACAGCCAUAUCCCAAAGGGUGUCCUACUCAGGUGACACUGGUAGAACAGGCACACAAGCAGGCUCUCCUGGGGCCUUGUCUGUGAACUCCUCUGGUGCAGGGCAUGUUAGCCAUUGCUUCUUUCCUGGCAGGCAGACCACGCCUCAAAUCAGCAUCACCUCAACUUCAGGUUGUUACUGCUCCUUUCUUUCCAGUCAUGAAGAGAAACUACUACCUUUGAGCUGUCAGUUGCGCCCUUGUCUGGUCAAAUGAAACCAAGACAGGCACUCCCAGGAGGGCCACAGAGCAGGCCACAGGCAACCAGGCUUUAGGAACACUGCUGGCUGGUGGGACACAGCUGCUCCAGUACAGAGAACCCACCUGUGCCUGCCUCAACUGCUGGUCAGGAGACUUAAAGCCAAUUCUUCCAAUCAAGCUUAUGUGAAAAUCAACUUAUAAAUGGACCACCACUUCAGGGUGCUGCUCCUGUGUUGCGGCUUCCUGAUAAAUGAUUGCUGGAGAACUAUUGUUUAUUGAUGAUGGAGCAAAAUUACACUUGGCUCCUUCCUGUCACAUACAUGGCCUCUGGAGGGCGUUGCUUCAAAUUUUUUCCCACCUCCUCUACAUCUGUCACUUUAAAAUUAAAAUG